GAGGAGCCCGGACCUCGCCGGAGACAUUCUGACCAGCAUCAUGCUCUCAUCUUCUGAGGGACGCCAGUGACGACAAGCCUGUACGAAAAAGAAGCAGCCCAGCCUGGCAAAACUUUGCAAAAAAGCCUCCAAAAACAUGCACGAAGGAAAAGUCUGAAACUCAAUUCACUUCAGCACUUGCAACAAUAAGAUCAAGCGCCUUUCCCCGGUCUCAAAGCGAAGCGCCAUGGCCGCAAGAGUUCUUGUGAUCUGCCUCCUCGCGAGCGCCUGGCUCGGGUUCUCGGCCGCGGGCCUCGUGAGAAAAGUGCUGCGGCAUCGCCGCCAGGUGCCUCCGGAGCACAACGUCACCUCGCGCCACCAGUCCGUGGUCUUCAACCACGUCUACAACAUCAACGUCCCCGACAGCCACUUGUGCUCCGUCGACCUGGAUGCCGCGGAGAGCUCGGCGGAAACGGACGGCGCCUCCGGCCGGCACUUUUCUGCGGACGGGGAGAGCCAGAUUAUCUUCACCCACCGCAUCAACAUCCCCCGCGGGGCGUGCGGCUGCGCCGCCGACUCGCCGCGCAUCGGCGACCUGAUGAGCCGCAUCGAGAUGCUGGAGGGGGAAGUGUCGGCGUUGAGGAGGCGGUGUGACGGCAGCGGCGGCGGUGGGGACACUGGGCCCCCGUGCGGCGGACGCGGAAACUACAGCGCGGAGACGUCCGCAUGCACGUGCGAGCCCGGCUGGAAGGGAAGCAACUGCACCGAGCCCGAGUGUCCCGAGGGAUUCUUUGGGGACGACUGCUCUCGCAGUGUAUGCCCGGACAACUGCAAAGAUCGCGGGCCUUGUCAGGACGGCCGCUGCGUCUGCAAGGAGCCCUGGACCGGUUCGGACUGCUCCGAACUGCUCUGCCCCCUCGACUGCUUCGGCCGCGGGCUCUGCCUCAACGGAACCUGCCACUGUCAGCCCGGAUUUUCCGGGGAGGACUGCGGGCGGCUCGCCUGUCUGGCCGACUGCCACGGUAACGGCAUGUGCGUCGACGGCCGCUGCGCCUGCGCGGCGGGUUACGGCGGCGAAGACUGCUCCCGCCUCACCUGCCUCAACGACUGCAGCGACAGAGGCGCCUGCUUCGACGGGAUCUGCGUCUGCCGCCACGGCUACGGGAGCGACGACUGCAGCCACCCGGCGUGUCCCGACGACUGCAAUGGCCGAGGCCGCUGCGUCAACGGGCGCUGCGCGUGCGACGUUGGCUUCCGGGGCGACGACUGCGGCGAGAUAUCCUGCCCGAACGAUUGCCUCCGGCGGGGGCGCUGUGUGAACGGCCAGUGCGUGUGCCGGGAAGGCUUCGGCGGCGAGGACUGCGGCGUCAGGACCUGCCCGUCCGACUGCUACGGUCGCGGGGCCUGCAUCGAGGGCCGCUGCGAGUGCCACGCCGGCUUCGGCGGGGACGACUGCGCCCUGCUCACCUGCCCCGACGGCUGUCGAAACCGCGGGCGCUGCCUCGACGGACGCUGCGUGUGCGACGAAGGCUUCGCCGGGGAGGACUGCGGCCGGAAGGCGUGCCCCAACGACUGCCUGGCUCGGGGCCGCUGCGACGACGGCGAGUGCGUCUGUCGGGAGGGCUACUCGGGCCCCGACUGCUCCCGGCUCACCUGCCCGGACGAGUGCAACGGCAGGGGGCGCUGCGUCGGGGGGAGCUGCGAGUGCCAGAGCGGGUACCGAGGGGAGAGCUGCGCCGAGCGCAGCUGCCUCAACGGCUGCCGCGACAGAGGACUCUGCGUCGAGGGACGGUGCGCCUGCGACGAGGGCUACGUCGCAGAUGACUGCUCCGAAGUGUCUCCUCCAAAGGAUCUCACCGUGGGUGAGGUCACGUCGGACACGGUGAACUUAUCCUGGAUCAACGACAUGCUGGUGACCGAAUACCUGGUCACGUACGGGCCCGCUCGGCCCGGCGGGCUCCUUUCGGACUUGACCGUGCCGGGAGACCGAACCGGCGCCGCGCUCAAAGACUUGGAGCCGGGUUUGGAGUACCGCGUUAACGUGUAUGCCGUCCUGGGCGACGAGAGGAGCGUGCCGGUUGGCGCCAGCGCGGCCACAGCUCUUCCGCAGCCAGAUGGUAUGAGGUUCACGUCCGUGACAGAGACCGCCGUCGAGGUUGAGUGGGAGCAGCUGAACGUUCCCUUCGAUGGCUGGGAGAUCGGCUUCCGUAACACGAAAGAAGAAAACGGAAAGGUGGUCAGCACAGUCCCCCCCUCUCAAAAGCGCUUCCUCCAAUCGGGCCUGGGGCCGGGUCAGGAGUACGAGGUGUCCGUCAGCGUGAUCAAGAACAACGCCACGGGACCGCCGGCCGUCCGACGAGUCGCAACCAAUAUCGACGCCCCGCGGCAGCUCCGAGUCUCGGACGUGAGCGACUCCUCUGCGUUGAUCAGCUGGUCUAAGCCGGCGGCGCCGACGGACCGCUUCACCCUGUUUUGCAAGCCGAGCCGAGCCUCCUCCGAGGGCGCCAAAGUGGAGAUCUUCCCGCCGGACGGGCAGCACAGCCUGGAGGGCCUGAAGCCCGACACCGAGUACAAGGUGUCGCUCGUGGCCCGCAGCCAAGACGUCAGUAGCGAGCCGGCCGUCGCCACCUUUACUACAGCGCUGGACGCCCCCAGGGAAUUGCUGGCCACGCGGCAGACAGAAGACAGCAUCACCCUGAUGUGGCGCAACACUCUGGCCGACGUGGACGGCUAUCGUGUGAAAUACGGGCCGCUGUCCGGCGCGGCUCACGGGGAGGAAGUGUUCUCGCGUGGACCGGGACAAAGCACCACGGCCACCAUCACGGGGCUAAAGCCAGGGACCGAGUACGGGGUUGGAGUGACCAGCGUGAAGAACGAGCGGGAAAGUCUCCCGGCCACCAUAAAUGCAGCGACCGACCUGGACCCGCCUCGAGGUCUGGAGCAAACCGAGUCCGCGGAGACGGCCAUUCGCAUCCGAUGGGAGAAGCCGCACGCUAAGGUGUCGCGAUACCGGCUGGUGUACGUCUCCAGAGAUGGACAAGUGGAGGAGGCGGAGAUCGCACCCUCUGAGACCACAUUCGUCUUAGCCGACCUGACGCCGGCGACGAGUUACGCCGUCACGUUGACGGCGGAGCGAGGCCACAGGAUGAGCUCGCCAGUCACUCUAAAUGUAUCCACAGAGGCAGCCGGGCCCUGGGUGGCCAAUCUCACCUUCUCUGACGUCACAUGGGACGGCUUUACGGCCUCCUGGAGCCCCUCGGGCGGCGACUUUGACAGCUUGGUGGUGGAGGUGACAAACUUGGACAAUACGGCGCAGAGCCAGAACCUUAGCGUGUCGGGUGACGCGCUCAGCCUGGGCCUCCGGGGCCUGAACGCCAACACCACCUACAUGGUGGGCCUCUACCCCCUCCACCAAGGUGUCUUCCUGGAACCCGUGUUUGCCGAAGCCACCACAGCGCGUCAGCCGUCGCUCGGCCAACUUUUCGUGUCCAACGUGACGUCGGAGAGCUUCUUGGUGGUCUGGGAUCACACCGAGGGCCGCCUGGAUGGUUUUGUCCUGGAGAUUAUCGAUUCGGAUUGGCUGAUGGAGCCGAGGGAGUAUAACCUGUCCCGCCUGGUGACGGCACAUCAGGUUACGGGGCUGCGGCCCGACUCGGACUAUGUAGCCUACCUCUACGGCACGUUCAAGGGGGCCCGAACGGGUGCCGUCAGUGUUGUUGCGACCACAGCUGAAGAGCCAGAUUUGUCCCGGCUAGUUGUUGCUAACGUUACCUCAGACAGCGUGUCGCUGACGUGGCGGGCGGGCGCCAAGGUGUUUGAUAACUUUGUAGUAGAAGUCAGAGAGUCUGCUUUGCCCUCGCAGGCAAUGGGUCAGGCCUUGCCGGGCCGGGCGCGCUCCACGGUCAUGGCCGGCCUUAAAGCGCGUACACGCUACGACAUAAAGCUGUACGCCAGUGCCGGCGGCCGCAACACGCCGCCGCUUUUCGCUGUCGCCACGACAGAGGACGCCCCCCUCUUGGGGCCCGUGACCGCUCUCUCUGCCGGUCCGCAUAACCUCAGCGUGAGCUGGAGCGUUGCGUCUGGCCACUUUGAUGACUUUGUUGUCCGAGUCGGUGACGCCGAGCAAGAGUCUGAGUCGCGGGAGUUCAGACUGCCCGGGCACGCCGCGAACCUUACCGUCUCCGACCUGAUGGACGCCACGGGCUAUAACGUGGAAGUUUAUGGCUUUUCUCACGGCCGCCGCACUCCCUCCACGCUAGUCCACGCCAUCACAGCACCUUUGCCCAAAGUGGAAAACUUGACCAUUUCCAACGUCACCCCCUUCGGCUUCCGCGUGUCGUGGGGAGUGAAGCAGCGGCAGUCGCGGGAGGAAUCGGCGCACUCCGCGGGGGCUUUCAGCCACUUUAACUUGGUGGUGACCGACUCGGGAUGGCUUCUGGAGCCUCAGAAGUUCACGGUUCCGGGAAACCAGACCCACCUGGACGUCUGGGGGCUUAUCACCGGUAUAGGCUAUGAGAUCAGGCUGACGGGCGUGUCAAGGGCGGGGCUCUUCUCCCGGCCCCUCACCGCGGUGGCCGUCACAGAGGCAGAACCCGAGGUGGAGCACCUCUUCGUCUCCGACAUCACGGCCGACGGUUUCCGCGUGUCCUGGGCGGCAGACGAAGACCUCUUUGACAGAUUUGUGAUCAAACUACGGGACAGCAAAAGAUUAUCCCGUCCUCAGGAGCACACGGUCCACGGCGAUGAGCGAACCCGGCUUAUCGCUGGACUCAUGCCAGGCACAGAGUAUGAAAUUGAACUUUACGGCCUUUCUUUGGACCACCGUUCCCAGCCCAUCUUUGGGGUCGCUCAGACAGGCCUGACAACUCCAAAGGGCCUUCGUUUCUCUGACGUGACAGACUCGUCAGCCGUGGUCCACUGGUCCACGCCUCAGUCUGCAGUAGACAACUACUACGUCACUUACGUGCCAUUUGAGGGAGGAAGCCCGAUGAGCGUAACUGUGGAUGGCGACGUGCUACAGGCUCUGCUACCCAACAUGAGUCCCGGCAGGAUGUACCAGGUGACGGUCAGUGCGGUGAAGGGUCUGGAGGAGAGCGAGCCAAGCGGCGACGUCGUAACCACCGCUUUGGACACACCUGAAGGUCUGACCGCGGUUAACAUCACGGACAGCUCUGCUCGGUUGCAAUGGCGAGCGUCCGUAGCCACGGUGGACGGCUACGUAAUAACGUACAAUUCAGAGUCAGGGUCCCCGAUGGUGGAGCGCGUUUCUGAGACCGAGUUGGAGAUAGCCCCCUUGCUUCCGGGAACUCUGUACUCCGUGGAACUGGUGGCCACCAGGGGGGCGCAGACGAGUGCCUCUGCUUUGACAGAAUUCACCACAAAGCUGGACGCCCCUCGAGAUCUGGUGGCCCUGAACAUUCAAACGGAUAGCGCCACUCUGACAUGGAGACCGCCGCAAGCGGCCAUUAGCGGCUACUCCCUGACCUUCUCUGCGUCCGAUGGCUCAACCCGGCGGGAGGUCAUGCUGAGUCCAACAGCCUCCUCGUACAACAUGGCCCAGCUCACCAGGUCCACGGAGUACACGGUCCAACUGCAAGCCAUCUCCACGGCUGAGCGGAGUCGCCACGCCACCGCCGUCUUCAGUACAGUGGGCCAGUUGCACAGGCACCCCAAAGACUGCGCUCAGAUUUUCCUGAACGGGGAGCGCACAACCGGCGUGUAUAGCAUCUACGUUGCCGGCGUUCAAAGUCAGGUCGUCCAGGUCUACUGCGACAUGGAGACGGACGGCGGAGGGUGGACGGUCUUCUUGCGACGGCAAAACGGGAGGCUGGAGUUCUUCAGGAACUGGAAGAACUACACCGCCGGCUUUGGUAACAUAAAGGACGAGUUCUGGCUAGGUCUCGGCAACCUCCACAAGAUUACGACUGCUGGCCAGUACGUGCUGCGCAUCGACCUGAGGGAUGCCGGAGAGUCGGCCUUCGCUCAGUAUGACAAGUUCUCCAUCGCAGAGCCUAGAACGCGCUAUAAGCUUUACAUCGGCGCCUACAGCGGCACAGCAGGCGACUCCAUGACGUACCACCAGGGCCGCCCCUUCUCCACUUUCGACAACGACAAUGACAUCGCCGUCACCAACUGUGCUUUGUCCUACAAGGGAGCCUUCUGGUACAAAAACUGCCAUCGUGUCAACCUGAUGGGGAAAUACGGAGACAAAAGUCAUAGCAAGGGUGUCAACUGGUUCCACUGGAAGGGCCACGAGACCUCCAUCGAGUUUGCCGAGAUGAAACUCCGACCGGCCGACUUCGGGAAUUCCGAGAGCAGGAGAAAGAGAUCCUGAAAACUUCGAUAAGAAUGACCAAAAAAAACAAGACACUGACUACAACCCAUUCGGCACAACAGCCACAAGAUCAGCAGUGCCCCGUGAUAUGUAUGAAGAUGAACUCUGUACAGGUCGUCAUGAAAGUGAGUUUUGUUUUUCUAGAAGGUAGGAACGGGAAGCGCAAAUCCAAGUGUUGGAUGGGGUUUUUUUCUUUGCAAUGUGCAUGUCAUUUCUGUCAACGGCCAGCAGGUGAGAGUGUUUACCAGUUUUUAAGAGUUCUGAACUUGGUCAGCGACUUUUUCGACUGAAACGACACGAUGUCAUUUUAAAUGUCAUUCAUUGUGAACAAAAAACAUUGUCGACAGAAUGUAAUGUUUAGUUUACAAUGAAAAAUAAGAAAUAAAGGACAGAAUCGAUA